AUGAUAUUCUCUCUCUCAACAAUGAGAAACUAUUUUCUCAUUUCGAUACUCAUCUGCAUAAUUAAUAUAAAUCAAGCGAACACCGACGAAGCUGAUGAUCAGCAUCAUGAUUCAAGAAUUCGUCGAUCAUACGAUGAUCCGGAAGAUGAUCAAGGUUAUUUGAACUUCUAUAUUCGUGACUCGUGUAAUGAUGAAAGUGAAUACGCGAAAAAGCCUAUGCGUUUUCCAUACAAACGAUUUGAUCGUCGCAGAUAUGAAUUAUCGAGUUCUUGGAUAAAAUAUUCACCUUAUAUGCACAUUUAUGUUGAACGGUUUACCCGACAAACGAUGAUCUAUGGACCAACUGGAGCUUAUUUAAUACCUCCAUUGGUUAAUUUCUAUGGAGAUCUUAUUCCAGUAGCUCGAUUGCUAGUAUACGGAUACGCAACUUUACUGAGCAACGGCGUACCGAUGUUGCCUUCUUUCGAUAUUCGAUAUUUUCUUCGUAAUAAUCCACGUUUUCUUCGCAAUAUGCCGAGAUAUGAUUAUGGAAAACAUGCUUUUGAUAAAGGAAAUAUGAAAACUAUAAUUCGCGACCUCGUUAUCCAGAGCAGCAAUACUACAAUAGGAAUUAUUAUUUAUCUCGAAGAAGAACACGAACCAGCACCACAACGAUUCAUACAACAACCCCAUCACACACAACCCAAAAAUAUUCCACACAUCAUACAGCAACAACUAGAUCCACCACCCAUUCCACAACUCACUCAACAACUCAUUCCACUACCCAUUCCACCACCCAUUCAACACAUCAUUCAACACCUCAUUCCACCACCCAUUCAACACAUCAUUCAACACCUCAUUCGAGCACCCAUUCAACACAUCAUUCCAGCACUCAUUCAACACAUCAUUCAACACCUCAUUCCACCACCCAUUCAACACAUCAUUCAACACCUCAUUCGAGCACCCAUUCAACACAUCAUUCCAGCACUCAUUCCAGCACUCAUUCAACACAUCAUUCAACACCUCAUUCCACCACCCAUUCAACACAUCAUUCCAGCACUCAUUCCAGCACUCAUUCAACACAUCAUUCAACACCUCAUUCCACCACCCAUUCAACACCUCAUUCCAGCACUCACUCAACAACUCACUCAACAACUCACUCAACAACCCACUCAACAACUCACUCAACAACUCACUCAACAACUCACUCAACAACCCACUCAACAACUCAUUCAACAACGGGAUCUUCGGCCCAUUCCACCACCCAUUCCAGCACUCACUCAACUACUCAUUCCACCACCCAUUCCACCACUCACUCAACAACCCACUCAACAACUGAUUCCACCACCCAUUCCACCACCCAUUCCACCACUCACUCCACAACUGACUCAACAACUGAUUCCACCACCCAUUCCACCACUCACUCAACUACUCAUUCCACCACUCACUCCACAACUGACUCAACAACUCAUUCCACCACCCACUCCACAACUCAUUCAACAACGGGAUCAUCACAUCAGUCAUCGGCUACUACAGGUCGAACAACAAUCUUCACAAAAACACCAGAAACAACACCUGCGUCAUCUGUCACUGAUCCAAGCAGUUGCCGUUCAUAUUCUCCUCCUUAUACAUCCAACGAAAAUUGCAAGUUUGGUAUGCGGCAACUACUUUUCUGGUGGAAACGCUGAAUUUUCGCAACAGUGGCCACAAGGAACGCCUUCAAGUAUUGAAAUUCACGGAAAACUAAAUGGUGGUUUUCGAGUAAUGCACGGCUCAUUAGGUGUUGGUUGCGAUGGACGUAGUAUAUCACGUGAUCCAUCCAAUUCACUCGGAUACAUAGUCGAUGAUCAAAGUAUUAACAUCCAGGAUAAAAAUAUCGGCGCCACUGUAACGGAAGAUUGUUGUAUUAAUACAGCCUGUCAACACGUUGAAGAGAAUCUUCAAAGCUUAUCAAAUUUAUUUUGCAAAUCUGAAGUAACACCUGGCAACUAUCAUGGAUGGAAAGAAAGUAGCAAUCAAAAUUAUGUUUUUGAAGUUAGUAAUGCUGAUAAGAAUGGAAUAGCCAUAUACAAUAUAGCAAACGAUGAAUUGUUUGGUUCGGCUGUACUAAGCAGUAUUGAUUUAUCGGUUAAAACUACUGCAUUACAAUUCCUUGUAAUCAAUAUAAGGGGCACGAAUAUUGAUACAACGAACAAAAAUUUCGGCGCUUUUAAUGAUUUCAAUGGCAAAGUGGCAAAAUCAAGUGUACUUUGGAACUUCUGUGAUGCUAAGAAGAUCACCGUCGGUUCACAAAUUCCCGGUGCAGUUUUAGCACCAUAUGCCGAUGUUCAUAAUCCAAAUGUUAUGGAUGGUACUCUUGCGGCCAAAACAGUCAGUAUUCAAAAUGAACUUCAUAAACCACGGAUUAUCCUUCCACCCUGUUUACAAUCAUAA